UUUACUCAUUUAGUAAAAGAUGUCGGAUACUUGGAGCAGCAUUCAGGCGCACAAGAAGCAGCUGGACUCUCUGAGAGAAAGACUGCAAAGGAGGAGAAAAGAUCCAACACAACUCGGCAUCGAGGCUGGGGUUGCCGAAGGGGCAUCCACACGCAGCGACAGUCCAGGACCAGCCGUCCAAACCCCCACACAGGUAGAGGAGCGCCCCCCUGACCCUGAAUUAGAGAGGAGGCUUCUAGGAUACCUUUCGGAACUGAGUCUCACACUACCAAUCGAUUCUUUCACCAUUACCAAUCAGCUCAACUCUGCUGAAUCACCAGUAUCUCAUGGCUGCAUCCAGAGUCUCUUACUUAAAUUUUCAGCUCAGGAAUUUAUCGAAGUCCGACAGCUGAACAACAAUGCCUUAUCUUCCUCUUCCUCGUCCACAUUAGUCAUCUCUGUAGAUCAUACCAAACUUUGGGCAAUGACCAGUAGUUCUACUCCCCAACCUCAAAAAAUUGGUGUAAAAAGAAAAGCGGAUGACAUCAUUCACCAAAAAAGGGCUCCUGGUUCCUCUCCUUUACACCAGACUACAUCUUCACCAUCUAGUACAUCAUCUAUUUCUUUAGCCUCUAGUUCACAACUGUCUGGGACAUCUGAUUGGAAGUCAGGAUCAUGCACUGUUGGGGUUGAGAAAAAAGGUCGGACCAAUAAAGGCAAAACAUCUCAUUUGGAUAUGGAAAUAGAGAGCCUGUUAAAUCAGCAGUCCACCAAAGAGCAACAAAGUAAAAAGGUAAGCAGGGAAAUCCUGGAGCUACUGAACACCAGCUCAGCCAGAGAGCAGUCCAUAGUAGAGAAGUUCCGUUCACGAGGUCGAGCUCAGGUGCAGGAGUUUUGUGAUCAUGGGACUAAAGAGGAGUGUAUGGGGUAUGGAGACACACCACAGCCCUGCAACAAGCUGCACUUCAGACGAAUCAUCAACAAGCACACUGAUGAAAGCUUGGGCGACUGCUCCUUUUUGAAUACCUGCUUCCACAUGGACACCUGUAAGUAUGUACACUAUGAGAUUGACAGCCCACCUGAAGCUGAGAGCGGCGCCAUGGGGCCACAGCUCGGCACCACUGAACUCUCUCUGCCUGCCCAAGAUGGAGAGAGCAAUGUGGGGACGUUGUUUCCAGCCCAGUGGAUCUGCUGUGAUAUCCGCUACCUGGAUGUGUCCAUUUUGGGGAAGUUUGCAGUUGUAAUGGCAGAUCCUCCAUGGGAUAUUCACAUGGAGCUACCAUAUGGAACACUGACAGAUGAUGAGAUGAGGAAACUUAACAUCCCUGUUCUACAGGAUGAUGGCUUCCUUUUCCUAUGGGUCACUGGAAGAGCCAUGGAGCUUGGCAGAGAGUGUCUCAGCCUCUGGGGGUAUGAAUGUGUUGAUGAGAUCAUUUGGGUGAAGACCAAUCAGCUGCAGCGGAUUAUUCGCACAGGGCGAACUGGACAUUGGCUAAACCACGGGAAAGAGCACUGCUUGGUCGGGGUGAAAGGAAAUCCUCAGGGAUUUAAUCGAGGCUUGGACUGUGAUGUGAUCGUUGCAGAGGUGCGAUCUACCAGUCACAAACCAGAUGAAAUAUAUGGCAUGAUUGAACGCUUAUCUCCUGGCACUAGAAAGAUCGAACUGUUUGGAAGACCUCAUAAUGUCCAGCCAAACUGGGUAACAUUGGGAAAUCAGUUGGACGGAAUUCACUUGCUGGACCCUGAUGUGGUAGCCCGCUUCAAGAAGCGAUAUCCAGAUGGAGUUAUCUCCAAACCCAAAAACAUGUAGAGACAUGAAAUGGUCAGAUUGAUGUAGCUGUAUGAGUCUUCAUGAGACAAUUUAAGGUAACCAGGUUAUUUAAAGCCUGGAUAGUGUUAUUAAACAGAGGAAAGGUGUGAUCUCAUAACCAGAAUACACAUCUGGAGAGUCUUCGCAAAAGUUAGUAAUUACUGCAGGUAAUGGCAGUGCCUGUGCUCACAGGCUUGGCCCAAUAAACCCACUGCUGUUGUGUGUGUACUUUUAACAUCAGUGAAAGUGUACUGUAUAAAUCCAUACACACUGUAGUGAACAUACUUUUUAAUAAAAGUUUCAGAACUAGG